CGGCGGAUGCCGGCGACUCGCCGCCCCCUCUUCGCCGCCUUAAGCGUCCUCCGUACGCCUACGCCCCGCCACCUCUCCUCUAGCGGUCCACCCACUCAACCCCACAGCUCCCCCGCCAGCGAGCUGCUCCGUCUCCUCUCCGCCGCCACCUCCUGGACCCCCGACCUCGCCCGCGCCGUCUCCUCCGCCUUCUCCGCCUGCCCCACCGGCGACGUCGUCCUCGCCGUCCUCCGCUCCAUCAGGAACCCCUCCUUCGCCGCCCCGUUCUUCCUCCUCGCCUCCUCCGCCUCGUCCCCGCACCCGCUCCGGGCCGACGCCUACAACGCCGUCCUCCCGUUCCUCCACCACGACGUCGCGGCGCUCGAGAAGGUCCUCGAGGAGAUGGCCGUCCUCGGGUACGGCCUCCCCAACCCCGCCUGCGCCGACCUCGUCGCCGCGCUCGUCCGCGCCCGCCGCGUCGACGACGCCGUCCACGCGGUCGGCGUCAUGCGCCGGCUCAAGUUCCGGCCGGCAUUCUCGGCGUACACGGUGCUGAUCGGCGCGCUGGCCGAGGCGCGGCGGCCAGAGCGCGCGCUGGAGCUGCUGCGCCAGAUGCAGGAGGUCGGGUAUGAGGUUGGGGUUCCUCUGUUCACCACGCUGGUGCGGGCACUGGCGCGCGAGGGGCAGGUCGCGGGCGCGCUUGAGCUGGUGGAUGAGGUGAAGGGGAGUUGCCUUGAGCCGGACAUUGUCUUGUACAAUGUGUGUAUUGAUUGUUUUGGAAAGGCUGGCAAUGUGGACAUGGCAUGGAAGUUCUUCCAUGAGCUGAAGGCGCAGGGUCUGAAGCCAGACGAUGUGUCUUACACGAGUAUGAUUUGGGUCCUUUGCAAGGCAGGAAGGUUAGGUGAGGCUGAGGAGCUGUUUGCGCAGAUGGAGGCAGAAAGAUCCGUGCCUUGUGCAUAUACAUACAAUACGAUGAUCAUGGGAUAUGGAUCCGCUGGGCGGUUUGAGGAUGCCUAUAAACUGCUUGAGAGAUUGAGGGAGAGAGGUUGUAUUCCAUCUGUUGUGUCAUUUAAUUCGAUUCUGACUUGUCUUGGUAAGAAGAGGAAGAUUGAUGAUGCUCUAAGCUUGUUUGAGCUCAUGAAGAAGGACGCAAAGCCAAAUGCUUCAACAUACAACAUUAUCAUAGAUAUGCUUUGUUUGGGUGGGAGGGUUGAGGAGGCAUAUAGGAUACGUGAUGAGAUGGAGCAUGCUAGUUUGUUUCCGAACCUGUUAACUGUGAAUAUAAUGGUGGAUAGGUUGUGCAAGGCAAAAAAGCUUGAGGAGGCCUAUAAGAUUUUUGAAAGCGCAAGCCAGAGAGGUUGCGAUCCUGAUUCUGUGACAUACUGUUCACUUAUUGAUGGUUUAGGAAAGAAAGGACAGGUUGAUGAGGCCUAUAGGCUAUUCGAGAAAAUGUUGGAUGCAGGAUAUAAUGCUAACCCUGUCGUAUAUACCUCCUUGAUUAAGAAUUUCUUCAUGCAUGGAAGGAAAGAAGACGGGCAUAAAAUCUUCAAAGAGUUGAUACGCCGAGGAUGCCAGCCCGAUCUUACUCUUCUUAAUACAUAUAUGGAUUGUGUUUUCAAGGCAGGUGAGAUUGAAAAGGGAAGAACAAUUUUUGAGGAAAUCAGGAGUUAUGGUUUUCUUCCUGAUGUACGAAGUUAUUCCAUUUUGAUUCAUGGUCUCACAAAAUCUGGCCAGGCUAGAGAAACAUCCAAAAUUUUUCAUGCCAUGAAGCAGCAAGGUUUUGGUCUUGAUGCUCGUGCUUAUAAUGCUGUUGUCGAUGGAUUUUGCAAAUCUGGAAAGGUGGACAAAGCCUAUGAGGUUCUUGAGGAGAUGAAAGAGAAACAUGUACAACCUACAGUUGCUACUUAUGGAGCAAUUGUUGAUGGUCUUGCAAAGAUUGAUAGGUUGGAUGAGGCUUACAUGCUUUUUGAAGAAGCGAAGUCAAAAGGCAUAGAAGUUAAUGUUGUUCUGUACAGCUCCCUCAUUGAUGGCUUUGGGAAGGUUGGUAGGAUAGAUGAAGCUUAUUUAAUUUUAGAAGAAAUGAUGAAGAAGGGUUUGACUCCAAAUGUGUACACAUGGAAUAGCUUGAUGGAUGCUUUAGUGAAAGCUGAAGAAAUAAAUGAGGCCCUUGUCUGCUUCCAGUCAAUGAAGGAAAUGAAAUGUCCACCAAACACAUAUACAUACAGCAUUCUUAUAAAUGGCCUUUGCCGUGUACAGAAAUACAAUAAAGCUUUUGUGUUCUGGCAAGAUAUGCAGAAACAGGGCUUGAUCCCUAAUGUGGUCACUUACACAACCAUGAUUGCUGGGCUUGCAAAGGUUGGAAACAUAACAGAUGCUUACAGCCUCUUUGAAAGGUUUAAAUCCAAUGGUGGAGUCCCUGAUGCUGCAAGUUUCAAUGCUCUUAUAGAGGGGAUGAGCAAUGCAAAUAGAGCAAUGGAGGCAUAUAAGGUAUUUGAAGAAACUCGUUUGAGGGGAUGCAGAAUUAAUGUAAAGUCGUGCAUUAGUCUUUUAGAUGCUUUAAACAAAUCUGAAUGUUUAGAGCAAGCUGCUAUUGUAGGUGCAGUUUUGAGGGAGAUUGCCAAGUCCCAACAUGCUUCAAAAUCCAUGUAGUAUUGAGGGUAGUGGAGUUAUGCUUUCAGGUGGGCCUUUGUGCUGCAAUUCAACGGUCGACUGCCGUUGUGCUGUUUGGAAAGAGAGUGUUCUUUAUGUUGAUAAGGAUCAAACUCUUGGAUGGAAACUUAAAAAGGUGAUUAGAAGUAUGAUUUCAAUCAAAUCUGCCCCAUUAGUCAUUGGAUAGCAUCAAAACUGUCAGCUGGAACAAAGAGUUCCUAUCGGUAUGCUGACUUACAAGUUCAAACCAAACUCAUCUGCAGACUGCAGGUGCAUUGGCUUGAUAGGACAAUGAGGCUGGGCUGAUUGAUAUUCCCCUGAACUUCCAUUUUGUUUAUUCAGUUAGGCGGCCAUCUGAGUAUCCUGCAAGGAGACAAAAAUGUUAGCAACCGGAGAAACCAUGCAUCCCCUGCUGGACUGCUUGAGGUUUUCCCAGAUAACAUAACAAUGACUCGAGGAGAGAGUGCAGAGUACAGCUAGAGCAGGAAAUUUUUUUUUAAAUCUAUAAUCUUGUUAUUUAUUUUUUUUCACUUAUCUCAGAUAACUACUACCUCUGAUUUAUAAGACUUUCUGACAUAGCCUAAAUUCAUCCAUUGAUUGAUGAAUGUAUAUAAUUUAUAUAUAUGUUUAGAU